AUGAAUCCUUUUUUCCAGUUUCAUACGCUCAAGGAAAAGCCGAUCAGUUUGAACUUCAAGCACCAUCGUCUGACUCUAAGAAAAAUUUCGAUCGUAUGCUUCAGAACUACAUUCGCUUCUAUAGGAAUUCAUCAUGAAGUGAAUCAUUUAAAACAGAAAAAUUUUGGUUUUAUAUGA